AUGGAGUUUGCAUCAAGGUCUGAAUUUUUAAUUUGGACCAAAACACUUUUGUUUGCCAUGAUUAACGUUUUGGCUUUCUUUGGGAAUCUUCUCACUUGUUAUGUCGUGUACAGAAACCGAAGGCUCCGCACGAUUCCCAACAUGUUCGUAAUAGCACUGGCUGUGAGCGAUAUUCUGAUUUCCUCGUGCUGCAUGCCUUUUACUGUUGCAACUCUUUUCCACGGUCGAUGGAUCUUUGGUGAAACGUUUUGUCGAAUUAAUGGUUUCGCAGUUCUCACGUUUGCGGUGGCCUCAAUUCAUUGCAUGGGAGUCAUUGCAAUCAGCCGAUAUUUCUGCGUUGUAAAACCAGAAAGGUACUUGGUGUUGUUUAAGAAGGAAAAAAUUUGUCUGUACAUUGCUUGUGCGUGGUUCGCAGCUCUCGUUGGAUCUGUGCCUCCCCUUUUCUUUGAGAGAGGUGGAUUUGAAUUCAAGCUGGGGAAAGGGAUGUGUUUGUACACUUUCGAAAGCGACAUUGGUUAUACAUUGUUUUUAGGAUUUGUUAGCAUCACAGCCCCCUUAACACUCAUAACCAUCUGCUAUGCAAAGGUGUUCCGUGCAGUUUCAAGAUCAAAUCGUGUUUUCUCGGAAGAAAGCGAUUUUCCCCGCUUGCGAGCGAAUGUUGAAGAAGCCAAAGUGACCAAGACUUUAUUAGCAGUUCUGGUCGGUUUUGUGUCUUGCUGGCUGCCAAUUUUUGUAAUUGACACCACUGAUGCCAUGCGUGGGGACGACACCUGGCCGCGAGGGGUAUACAUUUCUUACGCGUUCCUGCUUUACACGAGUAGCACCAUCAACCCAGUUAUAUAUGGCGUCAUGAAUAAGCAAUUGGGGCGAGAAUACAAGGAUAUCUUUAGCAAGAUUCUUCGUUUCCGGCACCAAAAUAUUAUGGAGACUGAGACUGAGACUGAAGCAAGAUUUACCGCUCGACGAGAAGGCUGGUCUACUUGAAUAUUCAGAAACAAUGAAGCACUUAACAGAGGAGAAAGAUAAAAGCUAGUCGUUAACGAGAGGAAAAGCCUUGUGUCUUUGUGGUGACACAAUGCGUUAACGCUCUCUGAUCAUUAAGUUUCGAUCUGUUUCAAGAAUAACACAAGAAAUAUUAUUUUAACAACCCUCUUCUAGCUUUCUUUACUAACGCACAACUGAUGUUCUCAUCAGCUGAGAUCACAAGUGGCUCAUGAUGAAAUA